AUGGGGAAGGAGACGAACCAGAGAGGGAGAGGGGACAGCAACUCCAUCUACCCGUUGGAGAUGAAUCCAACGGCCAACAGGGCUCGUCCUCCUUCGGCGCCGAGUAAGGGCGACUACAAGCCAUUUCGGCAAUGGUUUCCGUGGCUGGUGCCGACUUUCAUUGUGGCCAACGUCGCCCUCUUUAUUAUCACAAUGUUCGUGAACGAUUGCCCCGGUAAUGUCGGCGCCGACUCCUGCGUCCUCCGCCGCCUCCUCGGCCGCUUCGCGUUCCAGCCCCUCAGGGAAAACCCCCUCCUCGGCCCCUCCUCCACCACGUCAUAUUGUUCCUCUGUACGUACAUUUUUAUCUAAUUUAUGUUUCUCUCUCUAUAUAUAUAUAGGAGGGGCGUGUGGGUACGGAAAUUUAUACAGCCAAGGAUACGGUGUGGAGACGGCAGCGCUGAGCACGGCGCUGUUUAACGACGGGCUCAGCUGCGGGGCGUGCUUCGAGCUCAAGUGCGCCGACGACCCCAGGUGGUGCCAUGCCGGCAGCCCCUCCAUCCUCAUCACGGCCACCAAUUUCUGCCCCCCCAAUUACGCCCUCCCGUCCGACAACGGCGGGUGGUGCAACCCCCCUCGCCCCCACUUCGACCUCGCCAUGCCUAUGUUCCUCAAAAUCGCCGAGUACCGCGCCGGGAUCGUACCCGUAUCCUUUCGAAGAGUGCCCUGCCGUAAGUCGGGAGGGAUCCGGUUCACGAUCAACGGAUUCAGUUACUUCAACCUGGUGCUGAUCACGAACGUGGCGGGGGCGGGCGACAUAGUGCGGGCGAGCGUGAAGGGCUCGCGCACCGGGUGGAUGCCGAUGUCGCGCAACUGGGGCCAGAAUUGGCAGUCCAAUGCUGUCCUCGUCGGACAAUCCCUCUCCUUCCGCAUCACCGGCAGCGACCGCCGCACUUCCACUUCCUGGAACGUCGUGCCCGCGAAUUGGCAGUUCGGCCAGACCUUCUCUGGCAAGAACUUCAGGGUCUGAUCUAACAAGAACUGCUUUUAUGGUGAAAGCGGGAGCCGUCAUUGAACUAUAGCACAUUUUAAAAUAAAUAUUUAAAUUUUAAAAAAUCUUAAUCGUACUAUCUAACCUUACAGUAACUUUGAAAUGAUAACAUCAACUGAAAGGGUUUUACUUUAACUACCGAUUGAUACCGUGUUGUUUGCGAACAUU